UCCAGCAGGCGCCGCUGUGGGCGCGCUCUGAGCCGGAAGCGGAAGCAGCAGUUGCCUGAGCCGCAGUGGGGUCGCAGCAGUAAUGAUGGCGGUGAGAGGUUCAGUGUUCAGAUGGGUUUCGGAGGACAUCAUCAACAAACACUACCUGACAAACAGAUUCACUCUUCAGACGCAACAGAGGUGUGGCUUCCGUAAAAUAGCGAAGAAGGUGGAGCCAAAGAAGGGUGUGGCAGAAGAGGUGGAGCAAAGUGAAAUCCUACACAAGAAGGGCGUGGCUCCCCCUCCAGACCCGCCCACUCCACACGUACCCACCAGGUCAUUUGGCAGACUGGUUAAACCGUUUGUCUUCACCAUAGGGUUUACAGGUUGUUCGUUCGGCGGGGCGGCGAUAUGGCAGUACGAAAGUCUAAAAUCUCGUGUGCAAAGUUACUUUGACGACGUCAAAGCGGAUUGGCUGGAGAAGAUACGGCCUCAGAAACAAGGAGAUUUGCGCAAACAGGUGAAUCAGUGGUGGAACAGUUUAAGUGAUGGACAGAAAACAGUCACAGGCAUUAUUGCAGCCAAUGCGUUGGUGUUUUGUUGUUGGAGAGUUCCUUCUCUGCAGCGCUCCAUGGUCAAGUACUUCACAUCUAACCCCUCAUCCAAGGCGCUGUGCUGGCCCAUGCUGCUGUCCACAUUCAGUCACUAUUCCCUCUUUCACAUGGCAGCCAACAUGUACGUGCUGUGGAGCUUCUCAACAAGCAUCGUCAACAUGAUGGGAAAAGAGCAGUUCAUGGCUCUCUACCUCUCUGCAGGUGUGAUUUCUACAUUUGUCAGUUAUGUGAGUAAAACAGCGAUGGGUCGGUUUGGUCCAUCUUUGGGGGCGUCAGGGGCCAUCAUGACCGUCCUAGCGGCUGUUUGCACCAAAAUGCCUGAAGCCAAACUGGCCAUCAUCUUCCUCCCCAUGUACACCUUCACUGCCGGAAACGCUCUUAAGGCCAUUGUCGCCUUGGAUACGACAGGCUUGAUUCUGGGAUGGCGCUUUUUUGACCACGCAGCUCAUUUAGGUGGAGCUUUAUUCGGCAUCUGGUACAUAAUUUAUGGUCACGAGCUCAUUUGGAAGAACAGAGAGCCGCUGGUGAAACUGUGGCAUGACUUCAGAACGAGAGGACCGGGCACUGGCGGCAAUGGCGGCAAUGGCUCGAUUUAGAGCAUUGCAUCAUGGGUAGAAACUGAGCAGGUGACACGGAGAAAAAAAACAAGUUUGAGAAACGGACACAGACGUGCUGACACAGA